UAGAGUGGGAGGUUUGGGCGACCGGAGAAAAGGAGGGGUGGGUUGAGAGCAGCCCUGGAAUUUCCGGCCGCAGCCUCUUUGAAGAAGGAGAAGCGGCCGCGCAGAAACUGCACCCGGUGAAGGUUGGCCCCGUGAGGCCAGGAGUGAUGGGGCUCCCUCGAAGAGUGUGGCUUAGAGAUUGAGGUUCCUUCCAUGUUGUGAUGCCACCAUCUCAAAUGUGGUUUUCAAGGUUGUUGCAGGAGGGGAAGAGAAGGCUAGAGGACCUCACAGAAUGUCUUGAAGGCUAAUCCAAAAGUAAAUGAGGAACUUAGAAAAAGAUUGCUAACUCCAGAUCAACAUAUUUAGAGAAAAUUGGAAAAGGAGAAGCUUACUACAGCUUUAUUUGAGGACUUUUUAAAGAACGCAGAGUUGUAGCUGCGAGCUUCAAAUCUUGGCGCAAAAACCAGAGACAUUGCCAGAGCAAACAAGAAGAGAGGUACAAAUGGAGAACUGGUCAAAAGAUAAAACCCAUAGUUAUCUUGAACAAGAGGCUACAGAGAGAAAUAAAAGUACACAGCCAGAUGAGCAACUGCCUGUGAAUUCUAAGGGAAGCAUGCAUGAGAAAUCCAAUGAAUUAGUUAAUGAAGCUACAUAUGAGGGCACAGAACUGCCAGAGCAGAGAUCAAGGAAUUUUCAAGCCAUCAGUCCUCAUCCAGGUGAAGAGACAGCUUACUGUACUGCAGAAAAAUCCAAUUUUCUUUAUUACAGCAUUAUGGAACGUAGAAGUAAUGAUUUUAAUUACAAAUGUGUGAUUCCUUGUCAAGUUACUUCAGACUUAAAUAAAGAGGAGACAGUAGCAUUGCUUCUAAAAGAAUUGGACAUUCUCAAAGCAAGCAAUAAAAAGCUUCAAGAAAAACUGGCUAAAGAAGAUAAAGAACAGAGAAAACUAAAGCUUAAGCUAGAACUCCAAGAAAAAGCAACAGAAGCUCAAAUUGCUGAAAAGACAGCAGCUCUAGUUGAAGAGGUGUAUUUUGCACAGAGAGAACGUGAUGAAGCUAUUAUGUCUCGACUGCAGUUAGCCAAUGAGGAGAGAAAUGAAGCAAUUGCACGAGCCAAGCAUAUGGAAAUGUCUCUAAAACUGCUAGAAAAUAUUAACCCUGAAGAAAAUGACAUGACAUUACAGGAAUUACUGAACAGAAUAAACAAUGCAGACACAGGGAUAGCUAUUCAGAAGAAUGGAGCUGUAAUUGUGGAUAGAAUCUACAAGACCAAGGAAUGUAAAAAGAGAAUAACUGCAGAAGAAAUGAAUGCAGUGAUUGAAGAACGGGAUGCUGCUUUGUCUCAGUGCAAACGGCUAGAGCAGGAGCUUCAUCAUCUGAAAGAGCAGAACCAGACUUCAGCAAACAACAUGAGACAUCUGACUGCUGAAAACAAUCAGGAACGUGCUCUGAAGGCAAAGUUGUUAGCUAUGCAACAAGCCAGAGAAACCGCAGUUCAACAGUACAAAAAACUGGAAGAAGAAAUCCAGACACUUCGAGUUUACUACAGUUUACACAAAUCUUUAUCUCAAGAAGAAAAUCUGAAGGAUCAGUUUAACCAUACCCUUAGUACCUAUGAAGAAGCCUUAAAAAAUAGAGAGAACAUUGUUUCCAUCACUCAACAACAAAAUGAUGAACUAGCUACCCAACUGCAGCAAGCUCUGACAGAUCGAGCAAACAUGGAAUUAGAGCUUCAGCACGCCAUAGAGGCCUCCCGAGCGGCCAAUGACAAAGUUCAGAAGUUGGAAAGACUAGUGGACGUCCUGAGGAAGAAGGUUGGAACAGGGACCAUGAGGACAGUGAUCUAACUGAGAAAAAACGACAGUCUGGGGAAGCAAUCACAUCUGGUGACCAGGCUGCUUCAUUCAACACUGUGUAAACACUAAAGCCUUAACUUAGCAAACAGUUGUUAGAAGUGGGACACUCCAACCACAUUCCAAGCUGAGAUAAAAUCAAAUCACAAAUGUUUAACCACUUUGCUGCUGACUUGAGUUAUUUAUCCAAAUGUAUUAACUACGGACUUUUACCAAUGAGUAGAUAUAAAGUUGCGGCUUAUUUUGUAAUUAUUUUAUAUCUCACUGUAUUUAAUGUAAAUAUUUUUACUGAAAGACCUUUAUAGAAACAUAGUAAAGUUGAUCAGGAUCAUAUCUUCACGUGUGGCCCUUUCUGAAUCAAAAUGCAGCCAAGUAAAUAUUGUCUAAGCCUUAAUCCACUGUGUUAGGUCAAAACUUCAAAUACAUGCAUUUUUCAAUAUAGAGUUUACUUCUUAACCAAUGAGAGAAGCACAUACAUAAGAGUGUAUUGUCUUCCUUCAAUGCAUGCAUGUAAUCUUUGUUAGUAUUAAAGAAUAUUAAGUAUAGAUACCAAGAAUCAAAUGCAUAAUUUGCUUUAAUAAGAGUUUGGUACUUUAAAAUUAUAUUAAUCAAGGCAUGAUUUUUCUUUCACUACAAAUAAUGCACUGUUUUCAAUAAAAAGAGGGCAUUGUUAAUGUGUACUUAUAAA